UUCUGUUGAUCUUUUCUGGAAUGGGUCCUGAGCAUCUCCCCACCCCACCCCCAGACUUACUUCAGGUCCAUCCUUCUCUAGCCCAGCUCCUGUGGUGUGCAGAUGAGGCCACACGUCUAUAAUCAUCCUAGUAAAUGAUCCACAAGCCUGAACAUAGAGCCCUGGCCCACUACCCUCUGGGCACACCUGGCUCUUCUUGCCCUCUCUCCCAGCCCCAGCCCCACAUCUAAGACCCUCUUAAGAGGAUCUGCUCUAAUCCUAUUGCCUUCAUCCCUCCAGGAGGAUGAGCGGGUGUUAAAAACCAAUGCAGCUGUUAAUCCUAUUUUUUCCCAACUAUGAUCCUAGGAGCAGCUGUGUGGAUGUUGUCUGGGCUCUUGGCCAGAAAGUAGGAACUCAGCAAGAGCUAGUAUCCCAGGAGGUCUCGCUAGCUCAGACACGUCAGUUGUGACUGAGAAAGACUCUGACUGCCAGCAGUAGGUCAGGCUGCCUUGAGAGUGAGUGAGCUCCCCAUUCCCAGAGUUUUGGACUAAAAGGGAUUCCAGCUCAGAUGGACCAAAAUUCCUGUCUGGGGUGGAGUCCAACCGGGGGGGAGGGUGCGCACAUACCAAGACCCGUUACCUCCAGACACGGCCAGCCAGCCACCCCGUCUAAACAUGGACUCCUCUCUGGACCUCAGGCUGUCUUCCCUUAGUGCUUGGAGACCUUAAAGCCUUGGUUGGAACUGAGAAAGAAGAUGUGAGCGUAAUGGAGCCUAGGCAUUCUGGGAAUGCCCAGGGUUAGAAAACGAGAGGAGAAGGCCCACCCACCAAGGCCAUGGAAGUGGAGGCUACAGAGGCCAAGUCCCCAGGCCCCUGCUACAAGCGCUCUGGACGCCGUUUUAAGUGCCUGUUCUGUACAAAGACGUUUCCAAAUGCUCCCAGGGCAGCACGCCAUGCUGCUACGCACACACCUACAGAUUGCUCAGAGGAGGUGAAUGAGGUCCAGCCAAAGGUGGAUGCAGAGCCCAAGGCCGAGGAAGCCAGCGGAGACAAGGUGUCCGGCCCAGUAGGAAAGCCCCGGCCCUAUGCCUGCCCGCUGUGCCCCAAGGCCUACAAGACAGCACCUGAGCUACGCAGCCACGGGCGCAGCCACACUGGUGAGAAGCCCUUCCCAUGCCCAGAGUGCGGCCGCCGUUUCAUGCAGCCUGUGUGCCUGCGUGUGCACCUGGCCUCGCAUGCUGGUGAGCUGCCCUUCCGAUGUACACACUGCCCCAAGGCUUAUGGUACACUCUCCAAACUCAAGAUCCACCAGCGUGGGCACACAGGCGAGCGGCCCUAUGCCUGUACUGACUGCGGCAAGAGCUUCGCUGAUCCCUCAGUGUUCCGCAAGCACCGGCGCACCCAUGCGGGCCUGCGACCCUACAGCUGCGAGCGCUGCGGCAAGGCCUACGCCGAGCUCAAGGACUUACGGAACCACGAACGGUCCCACACGGGUGAGCGCCCCUUCCUCUGCUCUGAGUGUGGUAAAAGCUUCUCCCGAUCCUCUUCCCUCACUUGCCACCAGAGGAUCCAUGCAGCCCAGAAGCCCUAUCGCUGCCCGGCUUGUGGUAAAGGCUUUACGCAGCUCAGCUCCUACCAAAGCCAUGAGCGCACACAUUCGGGCGAGAAGCCCUUCCUGUGCCCUCGCUGUGGCCGCAUGUUUUCCGAUCCCUCGAGCUUCCGCCGCCACCAGCGGGCCCAUGAGGGCGUGAAGCCUUACCGUUGUGAGAAGUGUGGCAAGGACUUCCGGCAGCCGGCGGACCUGGCCAUGCAUCGCCGAGUGCACACCGGUGACCGGCCCUUCAAGUGCCUGCAGUGCGACAAGACUUUCGUGGCUUCCUGGGACCUCAAGCGGCAUGCGUUGGUGCACUCAGGACAGCGGCCGUUCCGCUGUGAGGAGUGUGGGCGAGCCUUUGCUGAGCGAGCCAGCCUCACCAAGCACAGCCGCAUGCACUCCGGCGAGCGUCCUUUCCACUGUAAUGCCUGCGGGAAAUCCUUUGUGGUGUUAUCCAGCCUCAGGAAGCACGAGCGUACCCAUAGAAGCAAUGAGGCUACAGGAGCUGCCCCCCAGCAGGAGCUGGUACUGGGACUGGCGCUGCCUGUAGGGGUCGUGGGUGAGGGCUCAGCUGCCCCCGUGGCAGGGGCGGGGCUAGGGGACCCUCCAGCGGGGCUGCUAGACUUACCCGCAGAGUCCGGUGGUGUGGUGGCCACACAGUGGCAAGUGGUGGGCAUGACCGUGGAGCAUGUGGAGUGCCAGGAUGCUGGUGUCGGGGAAGCUCCUGGUACCCUGGGAGAUGCAGGAGAGGUGGGGGGUGAGGAGGCUGAUGAGAAGCCCCCACAGUUCGUGUGUCGUGAGUGUAAGGAAACUUUCUCCACACUGACGUUGCUACGCAGGCACGAGCGCUCACACCCGGAGCUCCGGCCCUUUCCCUGCACCCAGUGUGGUAAGAGCUUCUCAGACAGGGCUGGGCUUCGUAAACAUAGCCGCACCCACAGCUCAGUACGCCCCUACUCCUGCCCCCAGUGUCCUAAAGCUUUCUUGAGUGCUAGUGACCUGCGCAAACAUGAACGCACCCACCCUGUGCCGGUCGGGACCCCCAUACCCCUAGAGCCUCUUGUGGCUUUACUAGGAAUGCCAGAAGAAGGGUCAGCUUGAAGCUCAGAGCUCUCUGCCACAUUCUCAGUCUCCAGAUCCCUGCCACUGGGCAGUUAGUUCGGCUCUCAAGCCACCAAGAAUUGGGGACAGUGGAGGCUUGCAGCACUUGUGAGAGUCACUCAUUAAAGCGUUGGCUUUGACACCAA